AUGCUCCAGGAGCAGACGCAACCACUUCCGCACUCCCCUCCUUUCUCUCCUCCUCUCGUCUUCCCACUGCAAUCGCCACCCUUCCCUCCUCCCGUCCCCCCUCCAACCGUCCCCCUUCCAGCCGUCCCUUCGCCUCCCAUCCCCCCUCCACCGCCCCGCCGUCCCACGUCGCUCCUCCCACCUCCUUCUCAAGGCGAAGCAGGGGGUUUAGGAAGCACGGCAGGAGCGGACGAGGUGCUUAUAGGGAGAGUGGCCGCGAUAGAGGAACAGCUGAUGCUGCAGCUUGCAGGGGCUAGUGAAGAGGAGGGGAAGAGGGAACCUGGAGGAGAGGAAUUCGGAAAGGGCAAGGUUCAGGAGAGAGAGACUAGUCCCCACUUACCUGCCACUCCAACCCCCUCACACCCACCACCCCCUUCUCCUCCUCCCUCACACCCUCCACCCCCCUCGCCUCCUCCCCUGGACCCCCUCUUUACAGUCACAUCCCUUAACCGAACCAUUCGCAGGGUAGAUCUCAACAAGACCUUUCUAGAGUAUCACCACCAUUUCCGGGAAGGAGAGCUCAAGCUACAGUGCCCCGGCGAGCCUUGCCCGAACCUAGGAUCCUGCGGUCCGGAGUUCCCGAACCUGCGCGCCUGCUACUGGCCGAACCUGGUCGACGCGGAGUACCUGUUCCCGGACCAGCCUAUAAACUGCCCGAAAGUGAUGGAUAUGAGUGUGGAAGGAGGAAGGGAGGUGUCGGAUACGAGGUGUACCCAUAAGGGGGAUGACUUGCGGCUGGACAUGUUUCUGCCGCAGUAUUACGAGCUGCGGGACGUGUAUCUAGAUGGGGAUGGCUUGGUGUUUAACGAUUCGGUGUUCUUUGAUCGGCACAGCUGCGCUGACAAGGGGAAUGUGAGUGAAUGGGGGGAGAGGGAGAUCAGGAGGAAUUACUACGAGUUGGGAGACGUGUAUUUGGAUGGGGCUGGCCUGGUGUUUAACCAGACUGUUUUCUUUGAUCGACACAGCUGCGCUGACAAAGGAAAUUAUUAUGAGCUGCGAGACGUGUACUUGGAUGGGGAUGGCCUGGUGUUCAAUGAGUCGGUGUUCUUUGACCGGCACAGCUGUGCUGACAAGGGGAAUUUCUCCUUCGAGCCAGGCAAGGCCAGAGUCUCCUUUGAACCCGAAAAGGCAAAAGUCCGUCACUAUGACCGGCUGGUGUCGCUCAUGUACCCCCUGGGCAUCGCAUUCUAUCACGUGCUCUUAGAGCUCUUCUCCUUCGAGCCAGGGAAGGCCAGAGUGCGUCACUACGACCGUCUGGUGUCCCUCAUGUACCCGCUCGGCAUCGCAUUCUACCACUUCUCCUUUUCGCCAGGGAAGGCCAAGGUCCAUCAUUACGACCGCCUGGUGUCACUCAUGUACCCUCUGGGCAUCGCAUUCUACCACGUGCUCAUAGAGCUCUUCUCCUUCGAGCCAGGCAAGGCCAAGGUCCAUCACUACGACCGCCUGGUCUCUCUCAUGUACCCCCUGGGCAUCGCAUUCUACCACGUGCUCAUAGAGCUCGUGCCGCACCUCUUCGUGCUCUCCCCUCUGCUGCGCGACAACCCCUCCAUCCCCAUCGCCAUCGCCUCGCACCAGGUGUGCUUUGCACCAACGGCCAUCGCCUUGCACCAGGUGAAGGCAUUCAGCAGUCUCCUGGUACCCUUUCUGGGCAUCCCAGCCACCGCUCUUAACCUCGCUGUUAUCCCCAACCGACACGCCGAUGUCAACUUGCUUAUCCACGUGGAUGUCCUAUAUCAGGUAGCUGUGCUGUCUCUCACUGCUCUGCCUCUUACUGCAACCUUCACAACCCCUUCUUCCCCUUUCCCUUUCCCCUCUCCUGCCGACCCCGCUUACCGCCCCGUCCGUUUCCAUCUCCUUUUCAAAACCCACCAUCCAGGCAGUGUAAGGAGAUGGAAACGGAUGGGGCGUGUGGUCGCACCGCCAUGUGGGGGGAGCUGCGCCGCCGCUUCCUGCUGCCCCCUUACUGUCUUCUUUACAGAACCCCUGCUCCCCCGGUCCCUUCCUUCCCUUCUCCCCCACCCCCCACCCCAGCCAGUGUACCAGGCGUGUGGUCGCUCCGCCCCUGCCAUGUGGGGGGAGCUGCGCCGCCGCUUCCUGCUACCCCCCGCCGGCCUGCCCCUCUUCCGCCCAGGCCUUGUCCCCCGCCACAACCACACCCACGCCCUCCCACCUACUGCUGAUUCACCAGCCACCACCACCCCCACCAGUGCUGGCAGCAGCAGCAGCAGCAGCAGCAGCAGCAGCAGCAGCAGCAGUGAAACACUCCCUGUGAGGGCUGGCGUCAUCAGCGAGAGCAGCAAUGAGAUCAGCAGCGAGGAGGACGUGCCGCUGUGGUCUGACGCUCAGACCGCCCGGCUGCCGUACAGCUGGCGCGCCGUGAUUGCGCACCGGCGCGGCGCAAUGCGCCACCUGGCGGCGUUUGAUUCGCUGGUUUCGGAGAUGAAGCGAGUGUUCCCACCGCAGCGGGUGUUUGUUUUUGAAGGCGACCUGCCCAUCCUGCAAGGUGCGUGCGGUGUGAUGGAGUGCAAGGUGCUGAUCUGCAAUGUGGGCCUAAAUUUCUACCUGCCACCGUUGCACACUGUCUUCUUGCCACAACGGGUGGUUGUGUUGGAAGGCGACCUGCCCAUGCCGCAAGGUGCGUCGUUAGGAGUGUGCUUUGAGAUGAUGUGGGUGGGCUAUGCCGCAAGGUGCUUUGAUAUGAUGUGGGUGGGCUAUGCCGCAAGGUGCUUUGAUAUGAUGUGGGUGGGCUAUGCUGCAAGGUGCUUUGAUAUGAUGUGGGUGGGCUAUGCCGCAAGGUGCUUUGAUAUGAUGUGGGUGGGCUAUGCCGCAAGGUGCUUUGAUAUGAUGUGGGUGGGCUAUGCUGCAAGGUGCUUUGAUAUGAUGUGGGUGGGCUAUGCUGCAAGGUGCUUUGAUAUGAUGUGGGUGGGCUGUGCUGCAAGGUGCUUUGAUAUGAUGUGGGUGGGCUAUGCUGCAAGGUGCUUUGAUAUGAUGUGGGUGGGCUAUGCCACAAGGUGCUUUGAUAUGAUGUGGGUGGGCUAUGCCGCAAGGUGCUUUGAUAUGAUGUGGGUGGGCUAUGCCGCAAGGUGCUUUGAUAUGAUGUGGGUGGGCUAUGCCGCAAGGUGCUUUGAUAUGAUGUGGGUGGGCUAUGCCGCAAGGUGCUUUGAUAUGAUGUGGGUGGGCUAUGCCGCAAGGUGCUUUGAUAUGAUGUGGGUGGGCUAUGCCGCAAGGUGCUUUGAGAUGAUGUGGGUGGGCUAUGCCGCAAGGUGCUUUGAUAUGAUGUGGGUGGGCUAUGCCGCAAGGUGCUUUGAUAUGAUGUGGGUGGGCUAUGCCGCAAGGUGCUUUGAUAUGAUGUGGGUGGGCUAUGCCGCAAGGUGCUUUGAUAUGAUGUGGGUGGGCUAUGCCGCAAGGUGCUUUGAGAUGAUGUGGGUGGGCUAUGCCGCAAGGUGCUUUGAUAUGAUGUGGGUGGGCUAUGCCGCAAGGUGCUUUGAUAUGAUGUGGGUGGGCUAUGCCGCAAGGUGCUUUGAUAUGAUGUGGGUGGGCUAUGCCGCAAGGUGCUUUGAUAUGAUGUGGGUGGGCUAUGCCGCAAGGUGCUUUGAGAUGAUGUGGGUGGGCUAUGCCGCAAGGUGCUUUGAGAUGAUGUGGGUGGGCUAUGCCGCAAGGUGCUUUGAUAUGAUGUGGGUGGGCUAUGCCGCAAGGUGCUUUGAUAUGAUGUGGGUGGGCUAUGCCGCAAGGUGCUUUGAUAUGAGGUGGGUGGGCUAUGCCGCAAGGUGCUUUGAUAUGAUGUGGGUGGGCUAUGCCGCAAGGUGCUUUGAUAUGAUGUGGGUGGGCUAUGCCGCAAGCUCCUACCUGCAAGGUGAUAUCUUAUAG